CAGUGGUUCGCAAAACCACUGGAGUUGUCGCCCUUGGUCUGUGCCCGAUACGGUUGGAAGAAUACGGACACCGAUAUGCUUCAGUGUGUGAACUGUAAAGCCUUCAUUUGCGGUCAGCUUCCGAAGGCAGUAGACACUCGAAAUUAUAGGGAUAGUUGCAAUAAAUUUAAGAAAGAACUGGUGGAUGGUCAUGAAAAAUUGUGUAAAUGGUCCUCAAGUUCGUGUCCAGAAUCAUUUCUGUAUGUACCGUACCAUGACAGAGAGGAGUUACUGAGCAAUUUCUGGUUUAAAAUGACAUCUCUGCAAUGUGCUAAAAUUCCUACAGUAUCAUUCAAAUCCAUCGAGGAAAAGGGAGUUACAGCAGAAAGUAUGAUGUCUUAUGCGAGAACUAUUGCCUCACACAGUAGCAGUGAGAUAGUUGCUUCAGAUUCAACCAUUAUAUGUGCUCUUUGUGGCUGGCAUUACAGUGAAUCUCAAGUGGAUAUUCUGCAGUGCAAUUUUUGUUGCCGAAAAAUCGGACUCUGGAAUUACCAGUUUGAAAAUACAGAACAAAUGACUCCGUCCGUGGGAUCAGACAGUUUUAAAGAGACCAGAAUAAACGGGAACACUUUGACUGAGAAGUCAAAUGGAUGUGUGUGUUCUGAUCAAUCAAAUGGUAUUCAUAAAAAUGGCUCAGAAAAGACAAAUGUGGAUCAAAAUACAUGUCAUGUUAAUGGUGAUCCAUCAAAGAGAGAAGGUGAACCUAAUGAUAAAAAUACAAACAAUAUGGAUGGGCAGAUAAACAAGAUAAAUGAACAGGACUUGGAGUGUGACGGACCAGUUAGAAAGAGACCCAGGCUUGAAAAGCAACAAUUUGACCCAGUUUCAGAACACAGAUACUGGUGUCCAUGGCUACAGACUGGUUCUCAAAAUAUUGCUUCUGGUGAGAGAUUACAUAAGGAUACCAGUCCAGCUGGUUCCCCAGUGAAGUCCCAGACCACAAGUGAGGAAAGAGAACCAGCAUGGUUGAAGGUCACAAAAAUUCUAUGUCACAGAUUAGAUGAUGGUGAUAAUGACUCAUGUAGACAGUUGAAAAGGAGUCCACAAGCGGAAGGUUUACGCCAUUUGAGAAAAGUCUUACGCGAAUGCACAUCCCCUAAAAAGCCAGAGAAGGAUCUACAGCAAUAGUUUAGGAUUGGAUAAACAUCUCUUGUUAACUUUUUGGCCAACAUUGACUUAAUAGAAACUUUAUUUAUGAGAAUUUAAAUUUUAAAAUAGUGAAAGUUACUAUUUGGAAUGUUGCCUGGUCAACAUAAAUUAUUAUGAUUUUGACUAUUUUUAAUGCUGAAAUUAAUUUUUAAUACACUUGCUACUAUAAAUAGUAACUCAAUUGCCUAUGAUUCCAACUGAUUAUGAAUGUCACGUGACUGAUUAUCAGUAUGAGGCCUGGGGCUGAUAGCUGAUAAUCUUAAUCGGCCAGCUGAGCACAAGUAUGUGCACAAACUGAAACAAUGACGUCACAUUUUAUAUCAUCAAAACAGCUAGCUGUAAAAGUGAAAGUAGGAUUAAAGAACAUAUAGCUUGAACAUGAGCGUAAAUUCUACAAACACAGCUUUAUUGAAUUUUUUAAAAAAAAAUGCUAGCUUCAAUUUCAUUCUGUGAAAAUAAAUCGUGCUUCUAGAUUCUGUUGCAUGCACAUAAAGGAAGCAACUCUGUGGAAGUUACGAUAUAGUACAGUUGAAAUCUACAGAGGAUAGAAAUUUCAACGAAAGAAAUAUCAAAGGAAAAUUUAAAAGUGUAUUAAAGACAGUAAUAUACAUCAUAGAUGGGCCGGAAGGUGAUAAUUGUCCCUGAAUUUAAAAAUGCCCUCGGGCUGAAGCAUUUGGGACCAUUAUUCAUUAUGCAGGCCGAUUAUCACCUUCCAGCCCUGCUCUGCCGUGUAUUAACCUCUUAAUAUUCAUAAUUAUGUAAUACAGUUUUGUGAACUUUUUUGUUUUGAGAUGUUGAUCCCUUCCUCCUCAUCCCUUCUUAAGUGGCAGUAUAUUCUGGAUACAGAACAAUGACAAAUUGAUUUGUCAAUUUUUCUCCAUUUAUUAAAA